UGAGUCACGGUAUUGUAAACAUCAAGAUUACGCUCUGCAUGGAAUCGAAUCAUGAUGUAAGAAGGUAUAAGGUCACAGAUUAAUAGAGAGACUCUUUUUCGCCGGUUUUCUUGAAUCAGCUUUUUAUGCGUGCGUAUGUGCGUGCGCGCGAAAGAGAAUCUUAGCAUUUUCGGACUCCUAGGAGCAAAGUGUAUCAGCCAGGGGCAAAGUGUAUCGAUAAUCAAAUUACGAAAAUGCUGAUCUCGCCUUAACCCUUUGCUAUCUGUCUAUUAAUCUGUACUUACUGCUUAAAUUUUUUGUGUCACGGCUUUAAGAACAGCGAUUCCUGGCAAGUCUCCGUCAUAAUCUAUCAGCUGAUAGCACAGAGUCAAUUGUAAAUUUGCGGUUCGCAACAUCUAAUAAAGCAUUAUGUGGUGUAGGAACAUCUUAAGGACACGUGCCAUCAUCAAUAAUUCGGCGACACCGAUCGGUCUGCAACGUUUGGCAAAGAACCAACGGCAUCCAAACGACAUCAUGUCAGGACAUUCAAUCCGACUAACUUCAACCGCACGUGAGUGUACAAUCGGCGAUGCUAUCGAUAACUGGAGUCAUCGAUUCGAAAGCGAAGGCGUUCCGGAACCGGUAGAGUCGAUAAAACACAUACUGGCGCACAUCAUUGGAACGAAAAAGAUAAUGGAUAUUCGGGACGUUAGAAAUAACCGACUAAACGGAAGCCAGUUUGAGAAAUUAGAAUCGUUAUGCAAAUAUCGAUUGUUGAGGAUGCCAAUUGAAUACAUCAUUGGCGAGUGGACUUUCCGGGAUAUCACCGUGAAACUCGUGCCACCGAUUUUCAUCCCAUGUCCGGAGACCGAAAUGCUCGUGGACAUUGUGUUAAAAAGACUGAAUUCAUUGCAAGUCGAGAAUUGCGAAAUGCUGGAAAUCGGUUGCGGUUCGGGCGCAAUAUCGCUGUCCCUCGCACACGCUUGUAAAAAGAUAAAGUGCACAUCGAUCGAUAUGAAUCUGCACGCUUGCGAGCUGACGACGACGAAUCGAAACAACCUGAACUUGGUGGAUCAGAUCACGGUAAUGCACGCAACUUUGACACCGGAAUCAAAUAUUGAAAUUUCCAGCAUCUUGGAUGGCACUGGUAACGUGGAUCUUAAUUCGAAACUGUUCGAUUUUGUGGUCAGUAACCCGCCGUAUGAACUGAGGGAGGAGAUAUCGCGACUGCCCGAGAUAAGAACUUACCAAGAUUAUAGAGCGCGGGAUGGCGGCGACGAUGGACUGAAGGUAAUCAAACCACUCUUGAAAUACGUUGCCAAAGUUUUAAAACCCGGCGGACGCAUCUUUAUGGAAGUCGAUCCCAAACAUCCCGAACAUAUACGCCACUUCACAAAUAAGUAUUCCGACUUGAAGCUGCGUCACGAACAUACGUACAAAGAUUUUGGUAAUAAGGAUCGUUUCGUAGAGCUAGUAAAAGUAACCUGAGAGAAAAGAAGAUUCCCCGAUGUUAUAAUUGUUCGUUAUAUUUUGUACUUUCUAAACAAGUGUAUUUAAAUAAGAAUUAAAAAUAAAACCAAUACUUAUUA